GAGCAAAAGCGGGUUUUUUUUAGCUCUUCAAAGCGUUUGUCUUAUCCUGAGACUGAGAGAGAAAGAGCUUCAGCCAUGGCGGCGAUCAUCGGGUGCUGCUCCUCCUUUUCCGAUGCUUCCCGUGGGGGACCUCCGUCGCUAGAACGAUCUCGAGUUCCAGCUAAAUCUGUUGGCUACUACUCCUUAGUCAGAACACCUAGUCGUCAUCCUAUCUCCAAGACUAAACCUUUGUCUACUACUACUACCAAGCCCAAGGAGCGAGAAAGCAAGGGAAUCUUCUUUCAAACACCAUUUGUCACCGUGGAAACUUUUGACAAGUUAUCAGAUUUUGAGAUGUUGCAGGGAAUUGGGAGGCUGAAACUACCGGUGAUGGCAGUUUUUUUGACAAACUCGAUUCUGAUGUGUAAACCACUUGACGCUUUUGCUGCUGAGGUUUGCCAGCCAGAGUUCAACUCCAUGUUCAGCAUGCCUGUUUUCUCGCUUGUAGCUCUUGUUGGAGCCACUGUUGGAGGGUUGCUUGCUCGGCAGAGGAGAGGCGAGUUACAGAGGUUGAACGAACAGUUACGGCAGAUCAACGCAGCUCUUAGGAGAACAGCGAAAAUCGAGUCUUACGCACCAGCAUUAAGUUACGCACCAGCAGCAGUAGGAGCUAGAAUCCCAGAGAGCGAGAUGGUCAUGAUGGAGCCAAAGAAACAUGAGUUGAUUUCCAAGUUGAAAACAGGAAAGACCUAUCUGAGGAACCAAGAGCCAGAGAAAGCCUUUGAAGAGUUCAAGACAGCUUUGGAACUUGCACAGAAUCUCAGAGACCCCAUCGAAGAAAAGAAGGCUGCCAGAGGGUUAGGGGCUUCGCUGCAACGUCAAGGGAAGUACAGAGAUGCCAUACAGUAUCACAACAUGGUCCUAGCCAUCUCGAAGAGGGAAGGAGAAGAUUCUGGAAGCACUGAAGCUUAUGGAGCUAUAGCGGAUUGUUACACUGAGCUGGGAGAUCUCGAGAAAGCCGGGAAGUACUAUGACAUCUACAUUGCUCGGUUAGAGACAGACUGAUUCUCAUCAGCGUUGUCUUUUUUGUAUGUUUGUUGUGUUCGUGUCGAAUCACAUAAAAUGGAUUAUCUGAAUGAAUCCCUUUUAUUGAAUCUU